CGUGUGGGGUGUGUGUUCGUGUGUGAAAGAGCGAGUGAGGUAGAGAGAGAGGAAAACUGCAAAAUCUGUCAAGGUUUCCAGGCGUUCGGUUAUUUCUCUCGACGCCUGUGCAGCGCUGACUCGGGUCGGGUCGCGUGCUGGAGGAUGAGUUCAUUUAGCACCAGGGCGCUGACGCUCCUGUCGUCCGUGUUUGGGGCUUGUGGGUUACUCCUGGUGGGUGUGGCUGUGUCGACGGACUACUGGCUGCUAAUGGAAGAAGGCAUUGUCCUGCAGCAGAACCAGACCACAGAGGUGAAGAUGGCUCUACAUUCGGGACUCUGGAGGGUCUGUUUUGUAGCUGGGCCAGAGAAGGGGAGAUGUGUGGCAUCUGACUACUUCACCGAGCCAGAAAUAGAGAUCACUACCGAGAACACAGCCAAUAUACUUAAAAUGGUCAGGACGGCCACCCCCUUCCCUAUGGUCUCACUCCUCUUUGUCUUCACGGCCUUUGUCAUAAGCAACAUCGGCCACAUCCGUCCCCAGCGCACCAUCCUGGCCUUCAUCUCUGGAAUCUUCUUCAUCUUGUCAGGUUUGAGUUUAGUGGUCGGUCUGGUGCUGUAUAUCUCCAGUAUAAAUGAUGAAGUGAUGAACAGGCCUCGGGAGCCGGAGCAGUUCUUUCACUACCAUUACGGCUGGUCGUUUGCCUUUGCUGCCAGCUCCUUCCUGCUCAAAGAGGGUGCUGGUGUCAUGUCUGUCUAUCUCUUCAUGAAACGUUACGCCGAAGAAGAGAUGUAUCGGCCCCACCCUGCGCUGUAUCGCCCUCGCCUGUCUGAAUGCAGUGACUACAGUGGCCAGUACCUGCACCCCGACUCGUGGCCUCCUCCUCAGCGUGGACGCAGCGGCUCCGAGAUGUCCAGCGACAUCUCCAUUCAGCUCAACCAGACCCCGCUGCCUCCUCCGCCCAAAAGCAGCAGGCCCUCCAAUCCACCCACUUCCUCGGGCCCCUCCUCCGGGGCCAGCUAUCACCUCCCACCUGCUUCCUCCUCCUCCUCCUCUUCCUAUCCUCACACCAUCCACUCAUCUCAUUCCGGUGGCCACGCCCCUCAGUCCCUCCCAAUGGCCACACCCCCAUAUGCAGUCGCGCCCCCUCGCUACCAUGCGCAUAUGCGUAUGAGCGCCUCCCCGUGUUAGAUUUCCUCUGUUUAAAAUACUUAAACAACAGAAAUAUGGGCAUAACAUGAGAUAAGAGGAUAAAACUCCAGAGACUAUGGAAUCAAAAGGGUGCUAAGUUGAAAAGAGGUAGACGAGGAAGCACUUCACUUACAAUUCUGUGCCUGAAUGAAGUUUAACAGAUUCUCAGAGCGAGAUUAAUAAGUGAGGGAAUAGCAUUUAUACAUAUAGAAAGAAUGUACGGUGGAGAAAUAAAACAGGAAAAGGUACAAAAUACUGACUUGCUGAAAAUAGUUGAGAACAACUGUACACAUUUAAAUUUGUAUGUAAAAUGUUUAAAUCUUAUUGCACACCCUAACCCUUCAUCCCUUCACAUAUCAUAUAUCGCUAUUUAUACCAUUUCUUGUUUAUACUAAAGCAAAAAGACACGAAUGUGCCCCAAAGGUGGCGGAUUUCUUUAAAUGGUGUCGCAGAUUUAUUUCAACAAGCAAUUUCUGUACAUAAUGUAUCAAGAGCAGUAGUCAUCUAGUGUAGUCCAACAUAUUUUAUCAUGUGGGCAAAGAAAAGAUUUGUCCUUUACUAUCAAUUUGUAAUGUUUUUAGAUUUGUACAUCAGGGUAGGUGUUCUACAAAGCUGGCUGAUGUUUCCUUACUGGGAUGUUGUACGCUUGGCCCCACGGCCCUCAAUAUGCCUUGUGUUUUGUUCUGCUCUCAUAUAAAAAAAAAACUAAACAAAAACUAAAAAAACACAAUGUUUUAAAAACGUUUAGCAGUGGUAUAGCACGAUACAAAAAGGAAACGUUUGAAAAUUUUAAACAUAUUUACCUUGAAUGGAAAUGGAGGCUGACUCCUAUAUGAAUUCACUGUUCAAUCAUCAUCUUAAAAAUGCAGUUGUUACUUCUCGUUUAUUAUUGCUAUUAUUACUACAACGAUUAAUUGUAAACCUACAUAUAUGUGACUAUUGUACAUUAGUCCUGUGCAUACUGCAGCAGUGUUUCCGAGAUCAUGAUUUAAAGUAAUAUGGGUUUAUGAAAAAUAACCGCAAUCAACAUGAGGAAGAAUUCAAAAGCACAAAACAAUGUGCUGUGGCUGUUUUCCACCUUGAGAGCUCCUGGUGUAUUGCGCCAUCUACUGGUCAAGCAGUAUUAGUGCAUCAAAGAAGCACUGAAGUACCUUGUCUGAACCACAAGUUGUAUGAAUCUGUAUUCGAUUCAUUGACUAAAAUGAGUCAGCACUUCCAUACCUGGUGCCUGCGGAUGCUGCAGCGAUUGAGCAAUGCAGUAAAGACAGUUUGUCCAGUAUGAUUUUUAUACCAAUAAAUCAGUCCCUUUUCCCAAUGCAUAAACGUUGACCUUUGUAGAAAAAUAUCCCUUAAUAAAUAUUAACUCAUAGAUAUUAUCAUAUUGACCUGUUAUGCCCUUAAAACUAGUAUUUUAAUGCACAAAAGCUUGAGAUAUUUUCCAAAGUGUUAUAACUGAUAGAGUUCAUUAUUAUGUGUAAAUAAAUACAGUAUUAUAAUCAUAAAUAGUUAUGAAAUACGAAUAGUUAUGAAGAACAGGACUGGAUCCUGCUGGAUAGUAAAGAAAUACAUAGCAUAACAAUUUAUAUUAUAGCCAUAUUACAAGUGAAAUAUGCAGAAUUGAAGGUAUGAUUUAUGGAAAAUGAAAAGAGCAAGAGGAAUGAUUUUUGAUUCCUAAUAUUUAUUCAAGCGUUGCUGAUGGUACAAAUUUAGUUUGCUUUUAAGUCUAAAAUGUGAAUAUCUGUUGGUUUUUUGUCUUUUACUAAUAAUUGCGUUAUAAUGAGCUUUCUGCUCCAAGUGACAUUUGUUGUUGUUGCGGUCUGUGCUGAGGGUCUGACGUAUAAAUAUGUAUGUACCAUUUUGCAUGACAUUUUUUCAUCUUUAUACUUUUCCUCUCAAUCGUUUUUAUUUUGUAUUUAUUUUUGCUUUUUCCCGGUUGGCUGUCCUUUGUCUUGAUUUGUCUCUCUCAAUGUCCCAUUAAGCUAAAGCUGCCUCACUCAUUUGACUUGUCUUUUCCUCUUUUACCCUUCAUUUCUCUCUCUUCUCUCUCUAUCAGCCUUCCUGUCUUUAGUUUUCUGUUUUCAGUUAUCAGUUUUGCAUGCCUUUCAUUCCAUAAUGCCAAAGCAAUUGUGCCUGACUUAAGAUGAUGAUGACAGUUAUUAUUAUUAUUAUUACUGAAA